AUGGCUCAGUUGCUGCGCACGGGACGGGAGGACGACGGCUCAGGCGAGACCCUUGACCAACAUCGGACAGUCGGUCAAAAGCUCAGGCUCGAGGCUAGGACGGCUGAAGAGAGAAGGGUGAGUGAGCCGGAGUGUGAAAGCGUACGAUCGUCGAACCCUUGCAAGCCUGACAUCUGUGUGUGUGUGGCGCGAGACAGCAAGACUAUGAGCAAGAAGUCGACAGGGCACGAGGCAAGGAGAUGUGAGGAGCUCAAUCGAAGCUCCGAUGACGACACGCUCACAGAGGCCUUGCACCUGCCACGGCCAGGGAGACCGCCGUCCAGCAUCCGGGGGUUGCUAGGCAAUCGUAAAGUCACAUCCGGCCCCCAAGACUAG